AUGGGCAUUAUUGAGGGAAUUGUCCCAAAUUGGAGCGAAAAUAAUUUCAGCGAUAAGGAUUCUUCAAGUAGUGUAUUAAGUAUAGCAAUAGAGUGUGAUGAAGAACUCUCAGAGCAAGGCGACCUUUCACCAUUAGCUGAGAUUGCUGAGUCGACAAGUGACGAAGAGGCGUGUAGCUCGGUUACAAACUCCAUUACGGCUGUUGGAUUUCAUGCAUCCACAUCAACAAGUUGUACAACUUCAACAGAUAGAAUGAGUAACGGAGAGCGUAUUCCUCGUUUAUCAGUUGGACCAUAUCAACAAAGGCCGCGUCCGAUUCUGAAUGAAAACUCAUUGAGCGGUUAG